AUGCAGGCCAUUCGAACGCGGGGUGCCUGCAUCGCGCGCCAGUCCCGCCUGACUGGGCUGCGCCAAUCGCGAUCAUACGCCUCCGGAGGCGACCACGGCCACCACCACGCCCACAACGUCGAGGAGCCCAUCGGAAACUUCUUCUGGGCGACCGUUGCCGUCAUUCCCGCUGCGUACUUCAUGUACAAGAUCAGCCAGCCCGGCAAGGACGGCGAGCCGCCAUUCCUCACCAAGAAGAUCCACGAGUACUGGCACUACCAGGAGACAUGGGCCGAAAGGAGCCACCUUCACACCAAGGCCGUUGAGCAGGCCGGUUUCGACAGGUUGCUCUUCUUCUCCACCCCGGCCAACCGCGACGUCGACCUCCGAUUUCCUGAGGCCAUGUCGAGUCACGCCGCCCGCAACAUUGUUGCUGGCUCCCAGACCAACCUGGACCACGUUGUUGCUCACUACAGGAAGCAACAUCUCGACGAGGAGGAGCGGAAAGCCCAGCUGCUUGCGAAGAAGCGGGAAUGA